AUGUCUUCUGAUGCUCCCAAGACUGACAUAGACGAGCAAACGCAACACGAGGCAGAAGUGGCGGCUGUUCUGGAUGUCGAUGUGGCACCUGAAGCUGACCUCGAUGGUGACGAGUGGGGCGAUCUCGAUGCUGAGGAUUUCGAUGAUCCAUUGAUGGUCAGCGAAUAUGUUGUCGAGAUCUUCAAGUACAUGAAGCAGACCGAGGUUGAAGAAAUUGUUGCACCAUCCAUCUCGCACUUCCUUCACUGCGCGGACUCAUCCUACACUGAAUCCGAUAUCCUUCUCGCAGAGCGGUACAUCCUGAAAACAAUCGAUUGGAACUUGAGCUAUCCGAACCCGAUGCACUUCCUGCGCCGCACACGCAAAUCGGAUGAUCACAAUGGGGAAACACUGGAGUGGCGGUUGCUGGCCACGCCACCUUCCCUGCUGCUGCUGCGCCGACCUGGUUGGGACACCUCAUUCUCGGCAACAAUAAAUGGAAAUCUCAAGAGAAAGCUUUCUGAGUCCAGACAGCCAAGUAUCUAUGCUGCAACAUCUGCUGACCCUGAUCCUUCACUUUCCCCUGCGAGUCAUGAUGACUUCAGCAUGUAUUGUAUGGAUGAUUCACCUGUCGACACGCAAGCCAAUGGACCGUCCAUGGUGCCCGAAACAACACCACAUGAUAUGGAUUCCAAAUAUUCGUUAGCCGAUCUCUGGAACAAGAUCAUCGGCAGUUGA